AUGUCCGACCUCAACUACGAAUCGCCGACCGACGAGCGAAGCCCGGUACGGUCGAACGGUCACAAAAUUGCCAGUAGGAAUGGCGCACCAAAAUCGCCUAACAGGGAGGGAUCGCGACCAAGGACGGAUCGGACAGAUACUACUGCCAGCGGAUGGCAGACGGAAGACGAGAAUGAAAAGCCUGUCCAAAAAGAACAAUCCGACUUCGAAAAGAAGAAGCAGACCUUUAUCACCCGCGGAAUAUGGACGAUCGUGAUGAUUGCCAUUUUCUUUGGCUGCAUGUUCGCAGGUCACAUCUAUGUGAUCAUCGUCGUGACUGCAGUGCAGAUUCUCUCCUUCAAAGAAGUCAUCGCCAUCUCAAAUGUGCCGAGUAGGGCUCGAGCACUUCAAUUUUCGAAAUCGCUGAACUGGUACUUUCUGGGGACAACGAUGUACUUCCUCUACGGAGAAAGCGUCAUCUACUACUUCAAGCACAUUGUCCUGAUCGACAAGGUUCUGCUGCCCUUUGCGACACAUCAUAGGUUUAUUAGCUUUAUGCUCUACGUGAUGGGCUUCGUCUUCUUCGUUGGAUCGCUGCAGAAGGGACACUACAAAUUCCAGUUCACGCAGUUUGCGUGGACCCACAUGGCCUUGUACUUGAUUGUAGUCCAAGCACAUUUCAUCAUGAACAAUAUUUUCGAAGGCAUGAUCUGGUUCUUCCUGCCUGUCAGCUUGGUCAUCAUCAACGAUAUCUUCGCUUAUAUUUGCGGAAUUACAUUUGGAAGGACACAAUUGAUCAAGCUGUCACCGAAGAAGACCGUGGAAGGCUUCGUCGGUGCCUGGAUAUGCACAAUCUUGAUGGGCUUUGGCUUCACUAACCUCCUUAUGCGAUCGAAGUACUUCAUCUGCCCGGUCAACGACCUUGGCGCCAAUAUCUUCACUGGUCUUGAAUGCGAGGCCAACCCAGUGUUCAUCCCACAUAACUACACACUACCCUUCAUUCCUCACACCUGGGACUUCUUACCUCAGACACUCACAGUCUCGCCGAUGCAAUUCCACAUCCUGGUCAUGGCUUCCUUCGCCUCUCUGAUUGCUCCAUUCGGUGGCUUCUUCGCCUCUGGCCUUAAGCGAACAUUCAACAUCAAGGACUUUGGCGACUCCAUUCCCGGACACGGCGGCAUGACCGAUCGCAUGGACUGCCAAUUCAUCAUGGGCUUCUUCUCUUACAUGUACUACCAGAGCUUCAUUGCCACGCACAAGGCCACGAUUGGAGGGGUCAUCGAAACUGCCAUCACUGGACUCACGCCUGAAGAACAGAUGGCAGUCGUGAAAGGCCUAGCACAGCAUCUGUACAACCAGGGCACGAUCAGUCACAAGGUGAUAGAGUACCUCCAGGAAAACCUAGUUACGACGCUCAAGAAGAGAUGA